AGCCACCGACCGACUGGACUGCCUAUACUUCUUCAAUCUGCGAUUCUGCGUAUAAACCCUAGGUUAAACUAGUCUCAGGGUUUUGUCGGUCUGCUUCCUUACAUAAAGCUUCUCGAUUCGACAUCUUCUGCAGAUCUCACCACCGGUUUCUCGGCCAGGUUUUGUUGCUCGUCUUGCAGGCGUGUGUUCUGUUUCGAUCCGCUCUCUGCCAAGAUAUGUUUACCAAAAAGAGGAACAGGUACGACGCUGCUCCGAACGCCAAUGGCGAAUUCAAGAAAUCCAAGCCAGAAUUGGACACAAAUUCCAGUGGUAUAGGAAGCAAAUCCAAGCCAUGCACGAAGUUUUUCAGUACUGCUGGAUGUCCGUUUGGUGAGAACUGCCAUUUUCUUCAUUAUGUUCCGGGUGGCUAUAAUGCUGUUGCACAGAUAAUGAAUUUGGCCCCCGCUCCUAGUGCCAAACAUGUCCCUGCACCUCCCAUUUCAAAUGGAACUGUAUCUGCUGCUGCCACCAAAACCAAACUGUGCAACAAAUACAACACAGCUGAAGGAUGCAAAUUUGGUGACAGUUGCCGCUUUGCUCACGGGGAAUGGGAAAUUGGGAAGCCCCUGACACCAGCUCAUGAUGACCAUUUUGCCACUGGGCCUGCAUCUAUUCCAAGCCGUUACGGUGGCAGGAUUGAGCCUCCAGCUGUCUCUGGUCCUGCCGCCAGCUUUGGGUUAUCUGCAACAGCAAAAAUCAGUGUGGAUGCAUCCCUUGCCGGUGCAAUCAUAGGGAAGGGUGGAAUGAACUCCAAGCAUAUAUGUCGACAAACUGGUGUGAAACUGUCAAUCAGAGAUCAUGAAACAGAUACCAAUCUGAAGAACAUUGAGAUUGAGGGUCCGUUUGAGAAAAUUUCUCAAGCCAGCGAAAUGGUGAAGGAACUCAUCGGGCGACUUGGUUCAGUGGGAAGACCUGCAGCACCUGCAGCGGCACAUGGUGGUGGUCACGCUCUGAGCGCAAACAAUUUCAAAACAAAGGUUUGUGACAAUUUCAGUAAAGGAGUUUGUACUUUCGGAGAGAGGUGCCACUUUGCUCAUGGUGCAGCUGAAUUGCGCAAAUCAGGCGUGGUCUAAGCGUUACUCUCGAUUUGCUGAACUGUGCAAAUCAGGCUUGGUCUGGGUGUGUUCCCGCAGUCUUCCUCAAUUUGCUACCCUUAUUCUCCCCAUGCAUGCUAACUCUGGAAAUAAUGACUUAGUUUUGUGCUUUUCAGGUGUUCGUUUCUUUUUACCCCGAAUAUUGUUGGACCGUUAUCUUUAUUAAAGUGUUAUCCUGAAUAUUUCCAGUGAAUUUUGCUGCUUGGAGUUUAGAUUUUAAUUUGGACUUAUUCAGUAAGGUGUCGGAGUCUAGGAGUGGGCU